CCAUAUUCUUUCUCUGUCGUAUAUCGGUACUUAUGUACGGGCGGUCAUCGUUACAGAUAUCCGUAUAAAUUAUUAAAUGAAGGUGCUAUAAUAAGUGUUGAUUUUAUGAAAAAGUUGUAGGUUAUAAAUUGUUAAAUAAUGAUCUUGCUGGAGAUCAAUAAUAGAAUUAUAGAAGAAACUCUUACAGUUAAAUAUAAAAAUGCACUGGCGCGCUUAAAACCUGAAUCCAUAGAUGUGACUCUUGCAGACUUUGAUGGAGUGCUGUUUCAUAUAUCUAAUGUCAAUGGGGAUAAAACCAAAGUUAGGGUUAGUAUAUCAUUGAAGUUCUAUAAACAGUUGGAGGAACAUGGAGCUGAUGAACUCCUCAAAAGGGUCUAUGGUCCACUGCUUACUGAACCAGAGUCAGGUUACAAUGUAUCGGUGCUGUUGGAUAUGGAGAACAUUCCUGACGACUGGGAGCUGAUGGUGAAGAAGGUCGGCCUGCUGAAGAGGAACUGCUUUGCGUCAGUGUUCGAGAGAUACUUCAGAUUACAGGAGGAUGGGGAUGUGGGUCACAAGAGAGCAGUCAUUAACUAUCGACAGGAUGAAACUCUCUAUGUGGAAGCUCAGGAGGACCGGGUGACUGUUGUAUUUUCGACUGUGUUCCGUCACGAGGAUGAUAUUGUCAUCGGGAAGGUCUUCAUGCAGGAACUCAAAGAAGGAAGGAGAGCUUCUCACACCGCGCCACAGGUUCUAUUUUCACACAAAGAGCCACCAUUAGAGCUGUUGGAUACUGAUGCUAAAGUAGGCGAAAAUAUAAGUUAUGUAACAUUUGUGCUGUUCCCUAGACACACGUGUGCGGCGGCGCGUGACAACACCAUCGACCUGCUGCAUAUGUUCCGCGACUACCUUCACUACCACAUCAAGUGUUCCAAGGUGUACGUUCACUCCCGUAUGCGCGCCAAGGCCGGUGAUCUGUUGAAGGUGCUGAACCGCGCUCGGCCGCAGUCCACCGGCCGUCCCACGGAGCGGAAGACCAUCACUGGGAGAACGUUCGUGAGGCGAGAUUGAGUGUUGCGGGUGGGCGGCUCGUAGACGUCUCGUAGACGUCGUAGAGGCCGCUCGGCUACGGCUGACGUCACACCCGCCUGUUCAUAGACUGUUCGUAGACCGACCACACUCCAUGACGUUCAGUGUGACCGUAGCCGAGUGAUCGUAGCAUGUGACGCUGACAGAUAUCCUAUCAGAACGGACGCGUUUUUCACGUUAAGCCGGCAAUGUGCGUAUUUCCUAUGUAUACACUGUGUUAUAUAUUUCAUUGGGUAUAUAUGAAAUGUGUACAAGCGUAAUGUUACUAAACGUCGUCACAAACCAGUACCGAUGUUAGCUUCCGUUCCCAUACUAAUUAAUUGUGAAUCGCCAAAUGUUAUGCUCAAUAUUCGGUAUGUUGUGUCGUGAGUCGAUCGUCGAUAGAAAUGUGCACAUUGUGACAUAUAUGAUAUAUACAUAUAUAUAUAUAUAUUUAUUAAUAAUAAUUUUCCACGCCUAACAUAUAGUGUUGUCGAUAAAUAAUGUUGCCGUAGUACUUGUUGAUUACAAAAUUAUGCUUUAUUAUAAAUAUAAAUAUAGUUAUAUUUAUAGCGGAUGCACUGCGACAGUCGUGAAUUUUGUUCCUAAAUCUUAAAGUACUCGUACGCCCCCGACGUGUUAACUCUGUUUAGACCGCACCAGUGUCGUGUCACGUGACCCUGUUAUAAUAAGUCGUGAAGCUAACGAGUAACGACCCUCUAGUAGGGUCAUCAUGUAUUAUAUAACUUAGCGUUCGUUUAUUGUUUCGAUUUACUGAUACGUAAACAUGUAAAUCGUCCGUACGAGACAGACGUCAUGCACAAACUUACGAAUUAUUCAAUCGUUUAAUUUAUAUAAAACACUGGUCAUGUAUUUUAUCAAUAGCAAUGCUAUACGAACAAUAAUAACAUAAUGGAAUAUAAAAUGUAUUGUUUGUAGGUAGGUCCCAUUCAAUUAUUAUUGUAUAAGUGAAAGUGUAUAAAUAUUUCUCAAUACAUACUUCCAUAGUCGAGUGAUUCGAAGGAAUAAAAUUGUAAUGGCCUUAUUUAUGAGAGCGGUACAGACUGUGCCGAAGCCGGGGUGGUUCCCAAUGAAUAGUGUCGCUAGCGUAGAUCACGAUUAAGUGCAAUUCGAUAACCUGUUUCUAUUCCGAUAUGCAUUUAUUAUGGAUCCAAUAAAAAAGAAGGUAUCUCUAAAAAAAAAAUUUGUUUAAAAAAAAUAAUAAUAUGUGGAUUCUGCAGUUUUAAGUAAGUUAAUUUGAUGAACGCGUUUCUCAUAAAUUGCUCAACCCGUCGUGUCGGCGUUGGGAAUGUCUAAGUGUCAAUAUAAUUUGAAUUGAAAUGUCAUAAUUAAGAGAAAGUUAAGACGUUAAGAAAGACAAAAAAAUGUAUAAUGAAUCAUGGGAAUAGGAAAUUAUAAGUGUGAGGUUAAGGAAAAAAAUUGCACUAAGUCAUCUAGUUUAAAUAUGACAUAACGAGUUACAUGACAGGUUCGAGAGCGUCAUAUGGUUUUGACAGAAAAAUUAAAAAGUAAUGUGAGCGUUUAGAAACAAUUCUUUUUUGUAUUUUAAAUUAUAGCUAACUUGAAUUUUACGUAAUGUUUUUAUUUGCAAGGAUGUAUUAUUUAUGUAUUAUAAUGUAAGUAAAAAGUUGCUUUAAAGUUAUUGCUUACAAUUUGAUCAUUGUUUAUACUGACAGUUUAAUUAGAUUAUGUGAGCGUCAGAUAACAGAAGUGUUUUUUUUCUGUGAAUAUGUAAUUAUUCUUGUGAUCUAAAAUCCGUUUAUGCUGUAUUUUUUAUUUUCUAGAUUAAAGAGAACAUCUUACUGCAAGAAACGUU